AUGUCAGAGUUUCAAAAGACUGAGGCAGGUACUGAAGACGAAGAAGAUUUCACAUUUUACCGUGACAGACCAGAAUGGAAAGAUGUCAAACCUGUCCCACAAGAUGAUGGACCUCAUGCUGUUGUGGCCAUCCUAUACUCAGAGAAAUUCAAGGAUGUCCAUGAUUAUUUUCGUGCAGUUACCAGAAUAGGAGAAACGUCUGAGCGAGCUCUAGAGCUCACCAAGGAUGCGAUCGAACUAAAUCCCGCAAAUUACACAGUCUGGCAAUAUCGUCGAAAACUACUUAGGGAGCUUGGCAAGGAUCUUUAUGAAGAGUUGACAUUUGUGCGGGGUCACAUAGAACAACAGCCCAAGAAUUAUCAAGUCUGGCAUCAUCGGCAUGUCUUGGUUGAAUGGCUCCAGGAUCCUCUCUUGGAAAAGCGCUUUACAGAGAUGAUGCUGUCUCAGGAUGCAAAGAAUUACCACGCUUGGCAGCACCGCACAUGGGUUGUCAAAGCAUUUCAGCUGUAUGAAGGAGAAUUGGACUUCACUGACCAACUUCUCAAGGAAGAUGUUCGCAACAACUCGGCCUGGAAUUACCGAUUCUUCCUCAUGUUGUACCCAAAGAAGGCUGAUGAUGAAACUGCCAAGAAAGAGAUUUUGUACACCAUGAAGGCCAUCUCAAGAGUCACUCACAAUGAAAGUGCCUGGAAUUACCUCAGGGGUCUCAUGGUCAAGUUAUGUGCUUGCAAUCCUAAUGUCCUUGAUAUGAUUUGGGAUUUCUGCUUGGAACUUAAAAAAAGUGGCACUGAUUCUCCUCACUUGCUGGCCUUCAUGAUUGACAUACUUGAUGCACGCAUGGAGGCCAGUAUUGAGAAUAGGCAAGAAAAUCUUAAGAGUGCUCAGGGCCUAUGCCGCUUGCUGGCCCAAGAGAAAGAUAAGAUUCGGGAACAGUAUUGGCUGUAUCAGUCUGACUGGCUUCAAUGCAAGUACAUACCCAGUUCUGUUGAUGAGUGA